CUCACUCUUUUUUUUUUCUCUCUCUAUUUAUAGAACUCUUCAAUCCACUAACGAUCCUCUAACAGAAAACAGAGUAGUAUAAGCAAAAACAGAGUAGUAAGAAACAAAACAGAGUAUUUUACUAUUCACCAAAAACAGAGCAUUUUUCUCCGGUGACAUGGAUCCAUCUUUUGUUCAGUCAUCUUUCUCUGGCUUCUCGCCGGAAUAUUCUAUGGGAUCUUCUCCGGAAUCUUUCCCCUCCUCUUCCUCUUCCUCUUCCUCUUCCUCCUAUUCUUCUUCCAACAACUACUCUCUCCCCUUCAACGAGAACGACUCGGAGGAAAUGCUUCUCUACCGUCUCAUCGAGCAAUCCAAGCAACAAAACUUCAUGGAAGACCUUCCGAUCAAGUCCGAGGAAGAAACCGGAAGCUCAAGAAAGUCAGAGAAGUCAUACAGAGGAGUAAGACGACGUCCAUGGGGAAAAUACGCGGCCGAGAUAAGAGAUUCAACUCGAAACGGUAUUAGGGUUUGGCUCGGGACUUUCGAAAGUGCGGAAGAGGCGGCUCUAGCAUACGACCAAGCUGCUUUCUCGAUGAGAGGGUCGUCGGCGAUUCUUAAUUUUCCGGCGGAGAGAGUUCAAGAAUCUCUCUUGGAGUUAAAGUAUAGCUACGAGGAAGGUUGUUCUCCCGUUGUAGCGUUGAAGAGGAAACACUCGAUGAGAAGGAGGAUGACCAGUAGAAAGACAAAAGACAAUGACUUUGAUCACAGCUCCGUGAAACUAGAAAAUGUUGUUGUCUUUGAGGAUUUGGGAGAACAGUACCUUGAAGAGCUUUUGGGUUCUUCUGAAACUAUUGGGACUUGGUGAAAAACAAAAGAUUAGAGCCCUUGAAGUUUUAGUGGUUGGUUAAUUUUAGCCCUGUCUUUAAUGUGUUCUUGUGUUUUGUAACGUUGCACCAAUGUUUGAUUCUUUUUUUUUUGUGGUAACAUGAGUUUCUCAAGUUAGUGUAAAAGUCUUUGUGUCUUAUUCAAACUAGAGAACAAAAAAAAAAACUCUCAUUUUUCUUGUUUAUCUCGUAAUGA